UAUUGUGCACAUUUUUACGAUCACAGAAGUUUCGUUCCUAGCAACAGUGAACCACCACUACUUGAUUCAACAUGUCCGGCAUCGCCGCAUCACGACUUGGUGAGGAACGUAAAGCCUGGCGUAAGGACCAUCCAUACGGUUUCGUUGCUCGCCCAGUGAAGAACAUCGAUGGUUCGCUAAAUCUGAUGACAUGGGAGUGUGCCAUUCCCGGAAAGAAAGGAACACCAUGGGAAGGUGGACUGUACAGAUUGAAGAUGAUUUUCAAAGAUGACUACCCCACUAGCCCACCAAAGUGCAAGUUCGAACCGCCGUUGUUUCACCCGAACGUGUAUCCAUCCGGCACCGUGUGUCUGUCGCUAUUAGACGAGGAGAAAGAUUGGCGUCCCGCGAUCACCAUAAAACAGAUUCUGCUUGGCAUUCAGGAUCUGCUCAACGAACCCAACAUUAAGGACCCGGCACAGGCAGAAGCGUACACGAUUUACUGCCAAAACCGACUGGAGUAUGAGAAGCGUGUGCGUGCUCAGGCCAGAGCUAUGUCGGCCACGGAUUAAA